CGGCAGUGGUGCUGGGAGUCUCAUGUUCGCAGUGCCGUUACUCGCAGUCGGGCGGCGGCUGAGGCUCAGCGCACAGCGCAGGUAGCGCCUUAGCAGCAGCAACAGCGGAGGCACCUCGGCGGUCACAGCCCCUGCGCUGGUGUAGCCACCCUCGCCUGCUCCGCUCUUCCUUCCUUCGCUCGCACCAUGGCUGAUCAGCUGACUGAAGAACAGAUUGCUGAAUUCAAGGAAGCUUUCUCCCUGUUUGACAAAGAUGGUGAUGGCACCAUCACAACAAAGGAACUUGGGACUGUCAUGAGGUCACUGGGUCAGAACCCAACAGAAGCUGAAUUGCAGGACAUGAUCAACGAAGUGGAUGCUGAUGGGAAUGGCACCAUUGACUUCCCAGAGUUCUUGACCAUGAUGGCUAGAAAAAUGAAAGAUACAGAUAGCGAAGAAGAAAUCCGUGAGGCAUUCCGAGUCUUUGACAAGGAUGGAAAUGGUUACAUCAGCGCAGCAGAAUUGCGCCAUGUCAUGACAAACUUAGGAGAGAAGCUAACGGAUGAAGAAGUAGAUGAGAUGAUCAGAGAAGCAGAUAUCGAUGGAGAUGGACAAGUCAACUAUGAAGAAUUCGUACAGAUGAUGACUGCAAAAUGAAGACCCACUUUCAACUACUUUUCCCUCUAGAAGAAUCAAAUUGAAAUCUUUUACUUACCUCUUACAAAAAAAAAAAAAGAAAAAAGUUCAUUUAUUCAUUCUGUUUCUAUCUAGCAAAACUGAAUGUCAAACGUACCUUCUGUCCACACACAAAAUCUGCAUGUAUUGGUUGGUGGUCCUGUCCCCUAAAGAUCAAGCCCCCACAUCAGUUUUACAGUGUAAUACUCGUACUACCUUAUAAGGAAGCACUUAGUGGACUCCUUAAAGUUCCAUUUGCUAAUGAUUAAUACACUGUUUGGGCUGGCCAGUUUCUCAUGCAUGCAGCUUGACGAUUGAGCACAGUCAGGCCUUUGUAUUAAAACUGAAAAAUGGAAAAAACAAAUUCAAAAUCUCAGAUGGGUUCUACAAUUUGUUCAGAUCAAUUGUCAGUAGCCAGUUUGCUGCAAACAAACAUUUAAAAUUGGUUUACCUCAGGAUGAUGUACAGAAAAUGGGUGAAGCUGAACUUUGAGACACAGCCCCAGAAGUAGGAUGGCCCUCUUGUCCUUCAAGUGCUCCAACCACAUGGUGACAAUGACAGCUGGUGGCGUGCCUGAGUGAUGGUUUAGUGCUGUGUGUGUUGUGUUAGAGUGAAGUAAACAUCAAGGCUGUCACCAAAUCACACAAAUUUUUAAUAAGAAAUGUUUACCAAGGGAGCAUCUUUGGACUCUCUGUUUUAAGACCUUGUGAACCAUGACCCGGAGCCAGCAGAGUAGGCUGUGGCUGUGGACUUGAGCACAACCAUCAACAUUGCUGUUCAGGAAAUUAGAAUUUACGUCCAUUCCAAGUUGUAAAUGCUAGUCUUUUUUUUUUUU